GGCGCGAAUUCUCUGCGUAGUAGGUUCCAGUUGUUCUUGAUUCUGGUAACGUGUGCUAAAGUACGUUCUGUUUACACGUGAUUUUGCACUGGAGGCGGUAUCACUCGGGAACUGAGCUUUCGUUUUCAAGCAGGGAAUAAUGAAUGAAAUUUUCCGUUAUAUAGAUGCACAUCAGAAGGACUACAUUGAUAACUUAAGACAAGCUGUGGGCAUAAAAAGUGUUUCAGCAUGGCCGGAGGUUCGUGGGGAAAUAUUAAAAAUGGUUCAAUGGGUAGCCAAGUAUUUGGAAAAUGAAGGGGCAGAAGUCACAUUGGUUGACGUUGGAAAAGAAACUUUACCUGAUGGCAGUACUAUACCUUUACCUCCAGUACUCUUAGGUACUUUAGGAAAGGAUCCAAAAAAGAAAACAAUUUGUGCAUAUGGCCAUCUUGAUGUACAACCUGCUGCAAAGGAAGAUGGUUGGAAUACUGACCCAUUUGUUUUAACGGAAAAGGAUGGUAAACUUUAUGGAAGAGGAGCAACUGAUGAUAAAGGUCCUGUUCUUGCAUGGCUUCAUGCAAUUUCUGCAUUCAGGGAAACUAAAAAAGAGUUGCCUUGCAAUUUAAAAUUUUGUUUUGAAGGUAUGGAAGAAUCUGGCUCUGAAGGCUUAGAUGAAUUAGUUUUUGCUGAGAAAGAUAAAUUUUUUAAAGAUGUGGAUUAUGUGUGUAUAUCUGAUAAUUAUUGGCUAGGAAAGAAAAAACCAUGCAUUACAUAUGGUUUAAGAGGAGCAUGCUACUUUUUUAUCGAGGUUGAAUGUGCUGCUAAGGAUUUGCAUUCUGGUGUGUUUGGUGGCUCAGUGCAUGAAGCUGUGGCUGAUGUGAUUGCAUUAAUGAACUCGUUAAUUGAUGCAAGAGGCAAUAUAUUGAUUCCUGGUAUAAUGGAUGAUGUUGCUCCUGUCACCCCAGAAGAAGAAAAAUUAUAUGAGAGCAUUGACUUUAAUCCGGAAGAAUUUAGAUGUGAUAUUGGCUGCAACAAAUUAGUACGCUCAGAUGCAAAGAAAAUUCUUAUGAGAAGAUGGCGUUAUCCUAGUGUAUCCUUACAUGGAAUUGAAGGUGCAUUCAAUGGACCAGGAGCUAAGACUGUGAUUCCAGGAAAAGUCACAGGAAAGUUCUCAAUUCGUAUUGUACCUAAUCAGGAACCUGAAAAAAUUGAGAAAUUAAUUAUUGAUCAUUUAAAUAAAGUUCAUGAAACUAGAGGCUCACCUAAUAAAUUACAUGUAGUUAUGACUUAUAGUGGGAAACCAUGGGUCAGCGAUCCAAAUCAUCCCCAUUACAUGGCAGGUCGAAAAGCAGUGAAAACAGUAUAUGGAGUAGAGCCAGAUCUAAUAAGAGAAGGCGGAAGUAUUCCUGUAACAUUAACAUUUCAAGAAGCAACUGGCAAGAAUGUUAUACUUUUAGGCAUUGGUUGUAGUGAUGAUGGUGCACAUUCCCAGAAUGAAAAGAUUGACAUUUUUAAUUAUAUUUAUGGAAUCAAAUUAUUGGCUGCUUAUAUACAUGAAGUCUCACAGUUGUAGAAGUCAAGCAUCUACUUGGAAAAAUUUUGUACUAGAUACAUAAUUGAAAUAUUUUUAAAAUAAAAUUGGAAACUGACAGAUCAUGGAUAAUAAAUGUUAAUUAUUUUGAUA